CAUAGUCUGACAAAUUUAUUAAUGGUAUUGGUGUUGUCGUUGUUAUGCGUCAGUAUGUUGUAAUCGAAGAAAAAAUAACUGCAAAUUGCCAAUAAACAUCCUGCUAAAGUGCUUGUUAUUUUAUUAUUGUGUGAUACUCUGUAUUUAGUUUAAAAAUGUCGUUAAAACAUUCCCGAAAUGUCGUUUCUCGUACAAAAAAUCAUGGAUAAUUGAACCUGUCUUUUCAAAAUGGUGGGUGUAUUUUAUUUGAUAAUAGUUAUUUAUAAUUUAUAUGGUUUUGUGGAUUCCGCCGAAAAUUGCCCAACGAUUUGUACAUGCCUCGGUAAUUACGUGGACUGUUCGCAAAAGAAUUUACCGCUAGUUCCUUUAAAUAUUCCCAAUUGGACUUCUCAGCUGAAUUUAAAUAGUAACAGAAUUCGAAUACUUAAAAAGGAUGCCUUAGAACAUUUGACUAAGUUAAGUGAAUUAAAACUUAACAAGAAUAAAAUAAAUGUCAUUGCCAAAGAGGUAUUUGAUAAUCAAAAACGCCUAAAAAACUUGGAAUUAAAUCAUAAUCAUAUAAAGGACAUUGAAGCCCUAACAUUUAAAAAUUUAGAACAAUUGACUUCUUUGAGACUAAAAAGAAACAAAAUAAGUCAAUUAAAGGAUGGGGCAUUUUUUGGAUUAAAAAAAAUAAAAUCAUUAAUGCUCGACUAUAACUUCAUUCAAAUAAUAUCAAAGACAUGGUUGUAUGAUUUGGAUAAUUUAAAGGAAUUGACAAUAUCUAAUAAUAUUAUUAAUCAUAUAGAAAAUGAUGCCUGGGAAUUUUGUAAGGGCCUGACUGAGUUAGAUCUAUCAUUCAAUAGAAUAAAAGCUAUUAAGAAAGACAGCUUUAAUAAUUUGUAUAUUCUUGAAAAAUUGAACUUGAACAACAACAACAUUAGUUUUAUUGAAGAAGAAGCUUUUGAACAAGUUCCAAAUCUAAAAGUAUUACAAUUAAGUCAUAAUAAAUUAUCAUGGACUAUUGAAGAUGGCAAUGGAGUAUAUAGGAACCUGAUAAAUCUGGAUCGACUUUCCUUGGCUUCUAAUGAUGUAAAAGAUAUAAAUGCAAAUGCAUUUUUUGGCUUAAAGAAUAUUGUAUUCUUAGAUUUAAACAAUAAUAAUAUUACUUCUAUUCAGAAAAAUGCCUUUUCUGAUGUGCUAUUGCUACAGGAAUUACGAAUUAACACUUCGUCUUUACUAUGUGAUUGUAAUUUAGAGUGGUUUAAAGGAUGGUUGGAAGAAAGUAAACAUUUGAAAGAAAGCAGUUUUGAAAUCCGUACUGAAUGCAUAUAUCCAGAACCAUUCAGAGGACUACCGUUGAAGAAAGUGCCUGAAGGCAAUUUUACUUGUGAUGAAUUACCAAAACCUAGAUUAAAAGAAGAACCAGAUGUUGAAAUAAUGGCACUAAAAGGUGAAAAUAUUAGUCUAAGUUGCAAAGCAAUGUCAAGUUCUUCUGAUCCUAUGGUCUUUACAUGGAAAAAGAACAAUGUCGAGAUAAUUAAUGGUAUUAUUGAAAUAGUCUCAAAUACAGUUGAUAAAAAUACAGAGACCACAUCAACAUUGACUAUACCCCGAGUACAACAUUUAGAUGCUGGGAAAUAUCAAUGCGUUGUUUCAAAUAAAUUUGGGAGAACAUACUCACAAAAAUCUACCAUUUCCGUAUUAAUUUUCCCAACGUUUGUGAAAAUUCCUCACAAUGUAACUGUAUCAGCAGGAGCUACUGCAAAAUUAGAAUGUUCAGCAAGUGGAGAGCCGUCUCCAGAAAUAGCAUGGCAAAAAGAUGGUGGCAACGAUUUUCCAGCAGCUAGAGAACGAAGAAUGCAUGUAAUGACGACCGAUGACGUUUUCUUUAUAGUAAACGCAAAACCGAAUGAUAUGGGCAUUUACAGUUGCAUGGCUCACAAUCCUGCGGGCACGAUUGUGGCAAAUGCUACCCUCGUCAUUGAAGGUGAAAUGCCAUCGUUUGUUAAACCAAUGGAAAAUAAAGAAACAGCGGCCGGAGAAUCUGUUGUGCUUAAGUGCAUGGCAAGUGGUGCUCCAAAACCUACCAUACAAUGGCUCAAAGAUGGCGUUCCAAUAAGGGCAACUGAUAGAUAUUUCUUAACAGCUGAAGACCAGCUUAUGAUCAUUAUCGACACUAUACCGAGCGAUGCUGGGACGUAUCAGUGUCGAUUAAAUAAUUCUUUAGGAGUAAAAGUUGGCUACAGUGAACUACAUAUCAAACCAAGUUUAAUGAGUAGCAGUGAUAUGGUUGGCAUUGUAAUUAUCACAGUAGUUUGCUGUGUAGUCGUGACAUCGGUUAUUUGGGUGAUAAUAAUAAUUUAUCAAACUCGAAAACGCAUUAACUUCAACAAAACGAACUCAAAUCAACCUGACCACGGUGUCAUAGAAUUUCCCGAUAAAAAUCCACCCCACUUUGGUGAUAAUGCUUCCGAACAUUCUUCUUGCAAGGAUAGCGGAGUAGAAGAGUCAGCUAAAAGAAGUAGUGAUGAUCUACUACCUGAAGGAGACUUUGCCUUAAUCAUAGAAGAAAGUAAUGGUGAAAAAGUGAAUCCUUCAAGAACUGCUAGUCUUUCGUAUGUAGCAGCAGAUGGCAAUACCUGCCAUACACCUUUACUCCUUAAAGAUACCCCGUCGUCGUCAUACACCCGUUCAACAAACCACGAUCGGUGUAAAGACGAAACCACCCCCGAAAUAUCAGUAUGUACAGAAGAGGAUGAGUCACAAAGAUGCCAGUAAAAGUAUUUACUAUUUAUUUUUAAAUAAUAAUUAUAGCAAAGUAGUAGCUAGAUAGUAUCAAUAAUUUUAAACACCAGUGAUACCAUACAUACUAUCACAUUGUAAAUGUCACAUAAGCCUAUAUCCACGUUUUUUGUGGAUUUCCUACUGGAAGGUACAACUACAAAAAUGUAUAAAUUUAGUUCCUCGAUAAUUUUAAGCAAUUUGACUGUUAGGUAUAUAAAAGGGGGCUCCAAAAAUUUCAUUCCAUUUAAAUACAGUUUUUAUUGACGAAGAUACUUGAAAAAACAAAAUAAUUUUUCAUACUUGCUGAUGUUUGUUUAACAGUUGCUGUUGUUUUUGUAAUUAUACGAAAAAAUCAAAUAAAAUGUACCUCGGUUCCUUAAUGGAUUUUUCGACAUUUUUUAUUAGUAAAUAUUAUACUUUUGUACAUAUGUAUAUGUUAAUAAAUCGUCCUAAUUCUCUAAUUAUCAAAAUAUUUUAGUAAGUCGAGCCCUUGCCAUGUUUUUUCGACGUAAAGUGUUUCCCCUUUUUAAUUAUUAUUUUCAUUUUCUAGGCGAUCGGUAUGUGUGCCUUAUUUUUAAUAAAAAGGAAACAUUUUUUGUUGAACGUAAUCAUAUUGUUCUUCUCUUAUCUGUUAAUUUUUAAACGAUUCCUGUAUUACAACUUGUAUUGUUUUUUUUUCUUGUUUUUAUUUAGUAUCAUGUGAUGUGUGUUUGUUAUUUAUUAGAUAUUUGAUGAUUGUGAUUCCAUAAUGUAUAUACUGUCUCUGUUUUUUAUUCAUGUGUAUGGUUUUGUUUGAUAUUUCUUAGUUUUGUUCACUUUUACUUAAUUUUUGUUCUUUAUUUACCUAUGUGUUCUUCCUUUUGUUAAAAAAAUAAUUGAUCAACAAAUAUUUCUUGAUCAAAAAAAUACUUAUUUUAAAACCACAAAAACGCAUACAUUAACAGUAUUACUAACUAUAAAUUUACAGUAGACGUUUAAGUUUUCUUACAAAUAUAUAUUUUGUAACAGUUAAAGGGUUGAAAAAAGAUUUUUUAGCAAAAGGAACCAUCCGCCGUAUGUGUAUUGUGUGUGCCUAAAGUACACAGUAUUAGAAAAAAAGUUGAACACUUGUAAGCAUUAUUUUUAUACAAAUCUCAAACAAAUUUGGACCCAAAACUGACUUUAAUUUAAAAAGGCAACUUUAGAGUAUUAUUCAGUAUACCUCAUUGUGAUUGUAACAUUGAGAUUGAACUGUAAAAGAAUGAUUCGACAGUAUGUCAAGAAUAAAGUUUUCUUUAAAAUA